UUGAUGAAGCGUGGAGUCGAAAAAAUGUUUUCUAUGUCAAUUGUCAGCUUGGUUAGUGUAGCGGUUUUAUUCUGGUCAGUGCUUAAACCAACCACUGGUCAGCUGAUUACACUUAAUUACAGCCAAGGGACCAACUACUCCCAGCCGCUCUACUGCAACGACACUUUUACGUUCAUAUACGACUGUAGGCCUGGGGCUUGCUACUGGUCUGGGUCUAGAUCUGAAUGCUGCAUGAAACGUUCAACAAGUUCCAGCGGAAUAAUAUAUGACCAGUGCAAAUGUAGCGACAAAGUCGGUUGCCAGGCAACAACAGACACGGGGAGCACCGAUCCUGUUUACUGUACAUCUGAUAGCCUGACAACAUUGACCAAACGAUGUGCCCAGUACGACCAGUGUUUCCUCGCCUCGACCAGAAGCAAAUGUUGUUUUCGUACCCCUGGAGGAUAUGUGACGGCGAUAUCAGCCGUUGGAUUCGAUCCUCAGUGUUGGUGCCAGAGCACAGUAACCUGCUGAGAGCACAUCUUUCAUGGCUUGACUUGGACUAAAUUACAAUUACCCCGAUUUUUUAACUUUAGCAGUAAAUAUUGUAAACUCUGAUUAAAAAAUAUUAAAAGAAGUAAA